CUCAAGCCGCUGUUGCGUAUCGGUGACGCUCCAUUUAGGAAUGGCGGACGAGGGCCAUUUGAAAUACGAUUCGUGCGGUGAUAGCCCGCUUGUACGCUCUUGCAAUGAGCAAAUUGAUUUUGAACGAUACAGAAGAAUGGUCAGGGGGUACAUCGACAAGCACCAGUACACAACAGCACUGUUCUGGGCUGACAAGCUCGCAUCGUUGUCAGGAGAAAACUCGGAUGAUAUUUACACGAUGGCCCACUGUUUGUACCUGACGAAGCAGUACCACAGAGCAGCACACUGCAUCGAAAGUAGGAACCUGCACAAGGCAAAUCUCAAUUUCAAGAUAUUGGCGGUGUCCAGCAGACUUGCAGGCAAGGAGUACAAAGAGGCACUAGAAAUUUCGGAAGCACCGCUCUUGGAUUCCUUUCGUCCCGAGAGCAGUAGCGAUGACUUCUUUUCACAGCACCAGUUGGAGGCCUCGCUGCAUCUUCUCAAAGGGAAGGCGAACGAGGCCAUUGAGAACCGUUCGGUGGCUGCCGAAUGCUACAAGAAAGCACUGGCCCUCGACAUUCACUGCUACGAAGCAUUCGACGCACUCGUCAAGCAUCAGAUGCUUUCGCGAGAGGAAGAGGAGAGUGUCCUCAAUCUGCUGACCAUGGCUAUGGGGGCAUCAUGCGAAGAUAGUGAAUUUGUCAGGCUGCUGUACGGAACAAAGGUUAAGAAGUAUGACAAGCCAGAUCCAUCUGAGCUUCCAAGCGAGCUUUCUCAGCUCAGCGACAACCUCGAUAUAGCCACAGCCGUGGCUGAACGGUGCUACUAUAACUGUGACUACAAGCGUUGCUACACCAUCACUUCUUCUGUCCUUAGCAGAGACCCCUACCUCAUGGAGUGUGUUCCCAUCCACAUAGCGUGUCUGAUGGAGCUGGGAAAAUCUAACGAUCUGUUCUACCUGGCACACAAGCUUGUGGACAUGUAUCCCGAAAAUGCGAUAUCAUGGUUUGCUGUUGGGUGCUACUACUACCUAAUAGGCAAAGCAGGUUCUGCGAGGCGUUACCUUAGCAAAGCCACCGUAUUGGACCCAGUGUUUGGUCCGGCCUGGCUCAUGUAUGGCCAUUCCUUUGCCAUGGAAAGCGAGCACGAUCAGGCCAUGGCAGCUUACUUCAAGGCACUUCAGCUGAUCAAAGGGUGUCACCUCCCGUUCUUGUACAUUGGGCUCGAGUACGGCCUGACCAACAACACGAAGCUGGCAGAGCGGUUCUUCAGCCAGGCGCUGGCCAUCGCACCCAGCGACCCAUUUGUACUCCAUGAAAUGGGCGUGGUAGCCUUCCAGAAUCAAGAGUACCCGACUGCCAAGCGACAUUUCGAGAAUGCGCUGAGUUUGCUUCAGGCGAAUGAGCACAGUGUCCUUCCCGAGAAGUGGGAGCCUCUUCUGAACAACCUAGGCCACACCUACCGCAAGUUAAGGAAAUUCAACAGAGCCCUGGAGUAUCACCAGCAGGCUCUCGUCCUGUCUCCAAAAAAUGCCUCGACACUUUCUGCGCUCGGUUUUGUGCACUGUCUAAUGCGUCACUGGUCUCAGGCAGUCGACUACUUUCACAAGGCUUUGGGUCUGCAGAGGGAUGAUGCAUUCUCGACAACCAUGCUCUCUCAAGCUAUAGAGCAGCAGAUGAACGAGCUACAGCCUUGCAAAGGAGUGCCUGAAGUGCUACCAGAGUACACUUCCAGUGACAGCCCACUAAGUUCUGCAGUAGACAUGGACGUCACAAAUGCUUCAUGCCAGUCUCAGGAAUACGACAUUGACAGCACUAACUAGGAGAAAUUUUAUUCACAUAUGUACAUAAACUUUAUGCGUUUGAUUCUGGAUGGCUUUGU